AUGAAAUAUUUGUUGUUCUUAGCAAUUAUCUUAAUAGCCUUAGCUAAAAGACACCAUUAGCCUGAUGUUGUGCUCUAAUGUUUAUAAGGAACAUGCAAGGAGGAAUUUGAAGCUUGUGACAACUCAUCUGGCUGCGUGAAAUAACUUAACAAAUGCAUGAAAGUAUAAGAAAGAGACCCAUUGAAUUACUCUGCUGGAUUCGAAUGUUUAGAGAAAUAGAGAACCGCCUUGGAUGCCUUUGAGUGCAUAUUUGAAAAAUGCCUUGGAUUACAUGGAAAAUGAGGUUUAUUAAAAUCAUAUCAAUUAUUCAAUUUUAUAUCAUAUCUAA